GUUGCCUUUUGGCUUCUAUUUAUAUUCCAAACCUUCCAGUAUAUAUCAAGCACCACAUUUACUUCUAUACUCACAAAUUGGCCUUUCAAUACACUCCUCUGCUUCUCUCUUUUAGCUGUGAAUAGGCUUAUUUGCUCCCAAUUUUCACCAAGAAAAUCAGCUAUGGCCAAACUUGUCUCAAUUUUCCUUUUGGCCCUCCUUGCCUUCUCCAUGAUUGCUACCACUGUUAUGGCUACAAAUGGAAAACACCACCAUCACCAUGCUAAAAAGUAUGGACCAGGGAGCUUGAAGCCCUCACAAUGUCUGCCACAAUGUACGAGGAGGUGUAGCAAGACACAGUACCACAAGCCAUGCAUGUUCUUCUGUCAAAAAUGUUGCAACAAAUGUUUGUGUGUUCCACCUGGUACCUAUGGAAACAAGGCUGUUUGCCCCUGUUACAACAACUGGAAGACCAAGGAAGGAGGACCAAAGUGCCCUUGAAUUUCUUCUACUUAUUUUACUUUCUAGUUUCUCUCUGUUUUCUUCAUAUGUCUUCUACUUUAAUUUGUCUACCUAAUGUUGUUGGUUUGCCUGCUCUUUAUCCCCUUGUACUUUUGUCUAACCCAAGUAUGUAAUCUGACCAACAAUUUCCAGUUUAUAAACUUAAAAGAAAAAAAAUUAUCCGUAUUAAUUGUUUAGAAAGUUUUAAUGCUCAUUUGCGCUUCAGUGUGCUCCAAUAAGAGAGAUGUCUAGCUAAUUAUUUUGGUAGCGUAUUUCUUUCUGUACAACAAUAAAAUUAGAGUACACCCAUUUUUCAGUUCCUGUAAUUGGAGUUACUUUUAUAGAGUUUCAAAUUCCAGAA